CGGUGAGACGUGGCUGACUGGAAAAUCUUUGAGGAGUGAAAUCAGCCUGUGCUGCAGACAGAGCUCCAGCUCAACAGCAGCAGUAGCAACGCCUGGAUGGCAGGGUCUAGCCGGAGAGAAAACUGCAGGAAUUACAGCAGGCAUCCAUGUUUCUUCCAAGUGCUUUGCGGAGGUCUGGGCUGAUGAGCACAGGACCAGAGAGGCCCUUUUGGGCAUUUGCUGUGCUGCUGCUUGGCGCUGCCCUGCUGGCAUCAUCCUUUGGUGGAAAGAUGAUGAUUCAGACGGCUGUGGCCCAGGCGAAGACUGCACCUGCAGGACCUGGACCAUGGAGCAUCAAGGACAUUGUAGACCUCCAGUACCUGGAUGAGCUCAUCUCCAUAGACGACCUAGACGUUUGGUUCUGCUCCCUUGUGGGAUCAAUUGCCAUUGGACUCAGUGGCAUCUUUCCACUUUUAGUCAUACCCAUUGAAGCAGGAACCACCUUAAAAACCGAGGCUGGGUGUCAGAAGCUGAAGAAGCUGCUAAGUUUUGCCAUCGGUGGCCUUCUAGGAGACGUGUUUCUUCACCUCCUUCCUGAAGCCUGGGCUUACACUUCCAGUCCUGGUGGCUCCCACAGACAUUAUUGCACACAGGGUUUGUGGGUGAUAGGAGGUCUGCUGUCCUUUCUGACCUUGGAGAAGAUGUUUCCUGAUGAAGGCGGUGAUUCAGAAACCAAAACGUCAUUCCAAAAAACUGCAUCCUCUUCAUCAGAUCUGAGCAGCCAGGUCUCUGUGUCCUCGCAAACAAAUGGCAUCUGCUCAAACAACAACUCCAAGCCAAAGACUGACAUCAGCCCUUACACACAGCCAGAGAAAAUAAAGACCAGCGGUUAUCUAAACCUUCUUGCUAACUGCAUUGAUAACUUCACUCAUGGGCUGGCAGUGGCAGGAAGCUUCUUAGUAAGUCGAAAGGUUGGCUUCUUAACAACGUUUGCCAUUCUGCUUCAUGAGAUCCCUCAUGAGGUAGGAGAUUUUGCCAUUUUGCUGCGAGCAGGCUUUGACCGGUGGAAAGCUGCCCGUAUGCAGCUCUCCACAGCAUUAGGAGGAGUCCUGGGGGCCUGUUUUGCUCUUUGCUCUCAAUCACAGCAUGGGGCAGAGAACGCCACUACCUGGAUCCUGCCCUUCACCUCAGGUGGCUUUCUCUACAUUGCCUUGGUCAAUGUGGUUCCCGAUCUUCUAGAGGAGACCAACCCAAGGAACUCUCUUCUGCAGGUUCUGCUGUUGUUUUCUGGGAUAGGUGUCAUGGCUCUGCUCUCAAUUGCCAUGGACUAGACACAGGCAAGGUCUGUUUUUAUCAGAGGACAUUUCUAGUGCAACCUUGCAUUCCUGAGGACUUCUGGAUUAUUCACUCCACAGUUUGAGCUUUAAUAAUUGAGACAUUUUUGUCACCCUCCCAAAGACCAAGUGAGGAAGUGCUAAUGAAAGAAUUGGCCUUGACAGUCAGGUGCUUUAAUCUGCCAGUAUAUGAGUUUAAGCCUUAUCCUUCACACUCCAGAUUAAAUUUCAACAAAAAAAAAAAAACAGAUUUGUAAAAAUGGUGCUCAGAAAUGUUGGUGGAUUUUUAAAAAUUAUUAUUCAUAUUCCAUCAUAUUUUCUUCUGGUUCCUAUUCCUGCUGUUGAAAUUGAUACUUUUGACAAAAUGUUACAUUACCAAAGGCUACUUAAGUGUAAUUUGCACAUGCUAGUUUUACUUCAUUCUUAAUUAACAGACAAUAUACAGGCACAUACAUAUACAUAAUUGUGUUUCUGAUGGUCAUCAAGAUAGUGUUUUAUAAAGCUAAUUCUACUUCGCUGUUACAAAUCACUCUGUGGAAAGUUACACAAGUUUUUUUUCACACUUCAUUUGCUCGACAGCCACGCUUUGCACGGCGACACAUUCCUCUUGCCGUUUUUGUCACACACUUCAAAUCAUUUACAGGCCUUUUUUUUUUGUAGUAGUCCUCAAUCACUUUUGUUGUUUUUCCUCAAUCACAUACUUUUGUUACAGUAUUUAGUGUUGUUGUUAUUGAUUAUGUUCUGAUAGCCACUACACUGCUGCAUUUUUAGCUUUCAUUUACUGAUCGUCUUUACAGUACAUUGUGGUCCUGGUAUUACAUUUCAGUGAUCCAGUCUGGUAUGGAGCCAAAUCCGUCUCAAAAAGAAUACAUUUACAAAAUAUAAUUCAUACAUCCACAACAUGGUUCAAAUUAACAAAAUCAAUUCAUAAAUACACAAAUCCAAUUCAUAAAUUCAAAACACGAUUCAUAAAUGCGCAAAUCCAAUUCGAUUGCUGAAAAUAUUCAUGAUUUUUGCUUUUGAAUUCACAAUUUUUUUUAAUUUAUGAAUUUUGUUUUGAAUUUACAGAUUGGAUUUUGUAAAUGUGAAUUGUGCCAUGCAUGUAGGAAUUUUAUUUUGUAACUUAUAUUUUUGAGACCAAUCUGACUCCAUUGUCUGGAGGAUUUAUGGAUUCAUAAGGUCACAGUUCUUUUACUCAGUGGACUUGGUGCCAAUUCAAGCAUUUCAAUCAGAUUUUUUAAAAAGACGACGAUAAAUGAAUUCUGUUUAACGCUUUUGUAUAUGAAACGUUACUGAAGAGAAUGUUCUGAAUCAUCACUUGGAACAUCAGAACAGCUUUUUUGCCAGAAUGUAAAUAUUUUAUAAGAGAUGAUAUAUAUAUUUAUUCUAUGAACGAUGCCAUGUUAAAAGAAAAUGUCAAAGUUUUAAGACUUAAUCUCCUCCCAUUGUAAUAGUUGAAAUAAAGAAGUGUUUCUGUUUGAUUAAA